GGUGAAUCAAUAUUUCAUGUUUUGAAGGAUUACUUCAUUGAAAAAGCAAUUCAUUUAUCAAAUAUAAUAUCAGUAGCUACAGAUAGAGCACCUGCCAUGGUUGGACGUUAUCGUGGAUUUAUAAGCUAUUUAAAACAAAAUGUGUCAGGGGUGUUAGCAAUACAUUGCGUCAGAUUUGUUUACAAAAUUUAAUAUGGUUAAUUUGCAAUUACAAGGCGACAGUUUAAAUUUGAUUAAAACAAAGUCCAUCUUAUCAGCGUUUCUUGCCAGAGUUAAACUAAUGAAGCAAAAUAUUGGACGGGGCGAAUUUUCUCAGUUCCCCAAUUUGUCACAGACAAGCUGCCAGGAAGACGACGACGUUUCAACUUACGUUCAACAUUUAAAUGCCCUCUAUUCAGAUUUUGAAUCUAGGUUUGAGGAUAUUUUGACUAUGGUAAUACCACCGUGGAUAAAUAAUCCAUAUGGUGACAUAGAAGAAACGAAUGUCAUAAUACAAGAGGAACUGACUGAACUAAGUACAAACUGAGAACUUAAGAUUCAGUUUAAAAACGGAUAUCAGCAAUUCUGGCUGCAAAACAACAUACCCGUUACUUAUCCCGUAUUAUGGAAUAUAGCGAGGAAAUUUUUAAUUUCCUUCCCAUCGUCAUACCUAGUGGAAAGGGGGUUCAGCGCUGUUAUCAAUCUCCUAACGAAAAAAAGAAACAGACUGGACAUCAUUAGCCGAGGAGAUUUAAGAUUAACCCUUACAUGAUUGACGCCAAAUGUUGAUAAUUUAUUAUUAAAGCAUCAGGUUCAUCCUUCUCACUAAAAAUAUUGACUUUUUG